UAUAUAUACACACAGCCCUGAUACCUGCAGUACACAGUACUACCAGAAACAAGGACACAAGCUCUCUCAAGCAGCCUACAGCCCAGUCAUGAAUGUCUUAGUGCUGCUUGCUCUUGCUGUUUUCACUGGGUGCAAUGCCGAAGGCCUGUGGCAGGACCCGUCUCAGCAACAGCUGGACAUGGUGAAAGAUGCAUUCUGGGACUACGUCGCCAAGGCAACACUCACCGCUGAGGACACCCUACAGAAGAUCCGACAGUCAGAGGUGGCACACGAAGUCAACACCAUGGUCUCUGAGAGUGCUGAUGCUGUGAACCAGUACACCGUGGCCAUGCGCGGGAAGGUGACUCCUCUAACUCAGGACCUGCUGGCAAAGUUUUCCCAGGAGGCCGAGCAGCUUAAGGCUCGUCUGGAGAAGGACCUGAGCACCAUGACAGCCAAGCUGCAGCCCUACUCUGACGAGUGGAACGCAGACAUCCAGAGGCAGGUGGAGGAGCUGAAAAGGGACAUGACCACCUACGCUGAGGCCCUGGACUCUGACACCCUGAAGACCACUUUACUCCAGAAGAGUGAGGAGCUGAAGGGAAGCCUGGAGAAGAGUGUGCAGCAGCUGCAGGCCCAGCUGGGCCCCUACACUGAGGAGCUGAAACAGAAAAUGGACCAGAACCUGGAAGAGUUCCAAAAGAGCAUGAUUCCCCUGACCCAGAGCUUCCAGACACAGCUGACCCAGAGAACCCAGGAGCUCCAGCAGAACCUGGCCCCCUAUGGAGAGGAGCUGAAGAAGCUGGACCCAUUGGCCCAGGACCUGAAGGCCCAACUAGCUGCUCUCUGGGACUCCUUCACCAAGAAGAUCCAGUAAUCGGACUGAUUUUACUUGGUCUUCUAGAACUGUGUACUGAUGAGUCAUUUUCCAUCAAAGUGCAAAAGGACCAAUAUGUAAAUGUAGGUACCACUAUUAUGCUGUUUCACUGUAUCAGUUACGGGACUCUCCAUCUCCUGAUCAAGUUGUGUGUGAUCUGACGUCUGCAUGCAGAUCUGUGUGUUUGUCUCCAUACCGGCAGGCCUCUGGAAGAUCGCCUGCCUCUCUAAUGUGUUAAUAGUGUGAACAUCAAUGAUGCAAAAGGCCUAACUCUCCACUCUGGAAACACACUCACUCCCUCACACACCCUGCCAGGGGAGGUAGAAGAAAUGGAGAAUUUGGAGGUGGAGAAUGUGUAAAAUACAAAGGCUGUUUAGACACAGGGCUGAAUUAAACCAAACAUGCCUCAGUAAAGUUUGAAGAGUUUAAUUACAAAAUGCGAUAUAUUCGUUUUCAGAAAUAUUGGUAAAUUGACAUGAAAUAAAAACACAUUAUGAACGAGA